GAACCUUCUGUACCUGUUAUAUAAUUUAUCCAGACUAUUUAAAGAUUAUUUAUAGUGACAAAAACUAUGAUUUAUAAUUAUAUAAUUUGCAUUUCCUGGUCUUAAGUCAAAUAGUUUCGCCAAUUUCACGCAAUUUAUCAUGGCUCUGAUCCUAUAAAAAGGGCAUUUCCCUAGGCAUGGCUCAUAUAGUAGACUUUCACCAUGUUAUCAGUUAAGAGUCUUGUUCCUGUUCUUGGCCUGCUACUUGUCCUGUCUGGCUGUGGUUUCUAUUUCGCUGAAGCCAUCAUUGGCGGACAAUUCGCUCGGCCAGGACAAUUUCCCUAUCAGGGUUCCUUAAUAGUGAACAAUAAUUAUCAAUGCGGCUGUUCUGUAAUUUCAAAGACCACGAUCCUUCUCGCCGCCCACUGUGUUGUGAACACCCAUGCCAACUGGGGGAGGGUUCUUCUAGGCACCAGCGAUUUAAGUGUUGGCGAUGCAUCAAUUUUCUAUUACAAUAAAAUCAUCAUUCAUCCAAAUUUUAACCAGGCGACCAGUGAUUACGAUAUCGCAUUGCUUCGGUUAAGUUCAGCAAUUCAAUUUUCUGAUAGAAUAAGGUCAAUUCGUAUGGCUCCUGCUGGUGACAAUUACCUGGAAAAUUCAACAGCAAUUACUUCUGGAUUCGGUGAAAUCGAUCAUUUGAAGCAUUGGCAAACUCGUUUGAAAUAUGCACACAUACAGCUUUGGGGUCGUAGAUAUUGCAAUAGUGCCAAUAUUCCUCUCAUAACAGAUCGCAUGAUUUGCGCGGGAGAUCCGCUUGGACGGCAAGGCCCAUGUACAGGAGAUUCCGGUGGUCCAUUAACUUUGGGCGGCCUCCUCAUUGCAGUUUCGUCGACGGGUUUCGGUUGCGGCACGCCAUAUCGUCCGUCUGUAUUCACAUAUGUGCCGAUGGUUCGUGCAUGGAUCGAUGCAAAUAUUAAUGCCUAAAAUAAAGAGAUUCACAUUGGUUUUGAGA